UAGGCCUCUACCCUGAGGCAAUGACUUUCCCAAAUUCGAAACGAUUAACGCACUCCACAGAGAUGAUCUCUUUGAAGACUUUUCUCUAACUUAAACCAGUCAAACCCUGUCCUAAAUCGAUGCAUAAUUGCAAUUUUAAGCCGGAAAAUGGGAAUUAAUAUGGAAUGUUAGAGUGCUAGUUGCUGAUUCAUUUGUAAAUAAUUAAGCGAGAUGAAAGCUUGUUUUAUUUGGUGUUGCUGUAUCAUUAUUCUGCUGGCAGUCGAUCAAGUGCAGAGCUCAAACCCCACGAGAAGAGAUCGAUUCAAACGCAUGCUGCUAUCUUUAACUAAAAUAUGUCCCAAAAAUACAGUCUUGACUGUCAACAAUCGCUGUCGCAAAGAGCAUAAUGAUGAGAGAACAAAGAUCCCAAGCAAUCCCACAGCUGUUCACACAACAAUUCUGUUGUUGAACUAAAGAUUUUCCAACUACGAGUAUCUUUAUAUAUGCUGACAUCAAGACACACAAACCCGCACUCAUCUGCAAUCAUUAUCGGGAUGGACAUUUACAAGUUGGCUUUACUCGUCGCUUUGCUAGGUGGAGUUAUCCUCCAACUGACUGUCGCCCAGGCCAAGAAUUGCUCCAACACAUGCAUUUCCACUGUUCGUUGUUCGCCCUACUUCAAGGAUCUUGUCUGGACAGUGGAGCCCAGCGGCUGUCGCGUCUAUCAAAAUGCUUGCAUCUUUCGCAACGAGAACUGCUCGAGGGCCAACCAAUGCUUGCCACCUUUGGUUGCCACUACUCGUAUGAAGUGUCAUCAGUUUUGCCGGAGACGCUGCCAGCGAGCGGGUGUUAAAGUUUGUGGCUGGUUCCCAUACAGCGACAGUGCCGGUCGCUACAUGUCCUACCCGAAUCGUUGUCUGAUGGAUCAGUUUGCCUGCCAGCAUGCUCAGGCUUAUGUAGGUGAACCAACACAGGGAGCCUGCCCAAUCAACACUUAGGAAAUUUGUAACAAAAAUCAAGUUGAAGAUCAAUUACACUCCUGUCAAACGUGGUCGCAACUCAGUUCAUUAAGGUUCAAGUUUCAAAGUAAAUUUUGUGCAUAAACAUG